AUGGCCAAUCAUCGACUUGUUGUGAUCAAACCACGGAAUGGUUUGUAUGGUUUUACUUUUGAUCAAGAUACUGCUCUGCGUAUUACCCAAGUCACAUCGGUUUUGCCAUCUGGUGCGGCAGCCCAGGCUGGCCUCGAACCCGGUCAUAUCAUUCAGUCCAUCGGAGACACCUCGCUGGACGGUUUGACUGUGCACCAAGUUCAAUCUUUGAUCGACGACGCAACAUCCAGGUUGGGAGAAGUAGUCCUCCAAGUGUCCAGUCGGGAAGAAUUGAGUUGCUUACCUCGGGCUGUGACCAGUGAUACCACGACCGCAGUUGAGGAUUCCCAACCGUAUUUCGAUUCCCAUCCAAGGAGUUCCGAUCAUGAUAACUUCGUCCCGGUGGCCAACGUUACCCCGGUCCCAUCUGACGUGGCUGGUGCUGAGGUCAAUUUACGAUUAGUUCGGAAAGAAGCAUACCGGCCAGGCUCCGUUGUGGAUGGAAAGUCAUCCUAUUGCUCAGGUCGACCAUUUUCAUCGGAAUCCGGACGAGCAGAUCAGUAUCAGCAACCCGUAGAUUUGCUGCCCGCCAGCACUCCGGUACCGCAGAUUAACUUCAAACCCCGACACACAAAUGUCCGUACCACAGCAGUACGUAUAACCGGUUCUCAAGCCUUGUCCGGGUCAACUCAACCCCAGCUGGGUGCUGUCGCUAGUUUAGCCAUUGAUGGCGGUCUGAGUCCAGAUCAGCUGUUACACAUAGGCUGUACUAGUUUGGACCAAGCUAGUCGUUCUCCACCAAAAGUUGUUCCAUCCAUGCACUCAGAGGAUCAUGAGUCUACAGUUUGUCCGACUAGAGAAACCAUGUCCUACCCUGCCCAUCCGCGUCAUGUACGUCCAGCGUUUGCCACGCAUCAGCCCAUCCUCCUGAGUCGACCCGGUCAAAGCGGAUUUGGUUGCGGUUCCACGGUUCGCGGCCCGUCUCGUGCUCAUAUUCGCAUUCCAGUUUGGUCCAGUUCUCGGGGCUACUAUUAUCAUCCACAUCCACUUCAUCCACCGUUCCAGUUGAGCACAUCCACGACCACUACUGCGGGCGCUCGUCGAGGCUCUUUCCCACUGCAAAUGACUCGGGUUGGCGGCCUGAUAUUGGAAACACCAGAUGGAUCCCAGCUGCCCGCAAACACACAAGCCUCACCAGGGUUAGGAUCCUCGGGUGUCACCUAUCAGUCUUUGUCCGCCUGCACAUCACCAACCAGCGUGAAACAUCCUAGCGACUCAUCAUCAUCAUCACGUGGAGCCACUUUUUUCUCUUCGUCCAGCGUACCGAGUCCGGCGAACACCCCACCCCUACCUCCGAACUCGGCCAUCUCAGUGACGGCCCCGAUCAGCUGUGUGGAUAUUGUUCGUCUCGGACCGGGUGACACGGUCACGCACGCGUUGUCCGGGGAUGCACACUAUACAGCACAUAGUUUGAUCCGUAUGCACUAUUGCCCACAACCAUAUGUGAGUUUAGGGCCAGUAGAUGACGGUCAAGUUACUGUGCCCAUUUGUUGUACACCACCAUGGUCUUUCUCGGAAAGUAGUGCAGCAACAUGUGAUAACGCCGUUUCGGUGACCGCUGGUCAAACGACUAUGGCCCCCAGUACUCAUCAGGUCUUCUCAUGGUCCUCGUUCACCCCUACCCGGACACAACCGUGUGACAAAUCGCUUGGUGGCCAAUUCACUGUGAUUCCGGAUUCACGAGUAGCUUCUACCGAAUGUUCUCAUCCACCAUCGUUGUUCCCCCAAAGUGUUUUGUCACAAACAACUCAACUGCCUGGUCGACCGUCUGGGUUCAUGUCCCCAACCGGCCCGCAAGUGGCACGUACAGUGCGGCACUUACGACGAAUACGGCACAUAUUUGGGGAUUCGUUAGGUUAUGUGAGCUCGGCCAAUUCGGCUUCAAUGGGGGCACUGGCAGCUACCGAGAAGAAUUGUGCCACCACAAACAGUUUGGUCGAGUUACGACCUCAUGGCAGUCGUUCCGUUGAAUCUGUCCGUCCUGCCAGUUUGGUGUGCAAAUGUCCAGAACCGGAUUGUAUGAUUGAGGCUGAACUGACUGGAGAUCGAUGUUCGGAGGCUCUACUUUUACUUUCGACUGACGCAUCCAUUCCGGCUGCACAGAAUCAGCCACAACAGGUGAUGGUUCGGUUUGAACAACUCCCUACUCAGUAUCAGAACUGCAAUUGCCCUACUGUGUGGGAACGCUAUUGUGCUUCGUUUGUGGAUGACACACUUCGACUGACGCGUCUGGUGUCGCACGGACAAUCGAAUGAGUGCGACUCUCCACCUGCUCAUUUACAUCUAAGUCUGACCGAAAGCAACCUGACAUGGCAUUCACCGUCCGAUUUAUCCGACCUCGACCUGCCCAGUGGCACACGAUGGGCUACGGGAGACUCGGUUAUCGGAUUUCUUCGAGUCCCAUCCAGUCGGAUCCGGUGUCAGCUUUACUUCCUGCAUCGACAACUCGCGUCCGAUCUGUUGGGCCACUGGGGUCCAUCAACUGGGACCUCAACUGUGGUUACCACAGCUUCAAUGAUGAGUUCAGUCAACGAUCUAACAGGUUUGGAGUACACUCAGACAUCAUCCGUGCAUUCAGCGGCAGUCACACGUCCUGUCAUGCGUGGCAAACACGCCACCGGACGAUCGUCCAGUCUCGGCCUCGCCGGCCCUCCAGGUGGUGUGCCUCUCCUCAGAGCUGUCGGUACUGCGGCCGCUUCGGUUGGUAUGCCUUUAGUCGGGCGAUCAAGUCUGACCUCAUGGCUUCACCAAAGCGAACAAAAACAAACUGGAGAACCGCACAUCGACUCGGUUAAUGGGGAUGUCACUAAAGAUACAUACAGUUCAGUUCCCGUCCCAUUCAGUACGGGCAAAAGUACAAAGAAGGUGACCGCAGCACAGGCGCGUUCAAGCCGUGGUCGUUUUCAUCAAGCCUUCACACGGAUGCGUCGUGCUGCAACCGCAUCCAGCGCACCCACUGCUCGCUCUCCAUCACGAAGCGCUGGCGCCCGUCGAUUUGCCUCUUCUCAUGGUGCAUUGAUGAGCUCAAAAUCCAAUGUGAGUACCACUUCGUGUACCGGCUCGCCUCCGUCCGUUGUGGAUCCGCACAGUGAGUCGGGUCCGAGUCAACUUGAGGCGGCCGUUGGACUGUCCAUUGCGACCGCCAUACCAUGUGAUGCGGUUGGUUAUUUGCAAACAGUUCACAGUCCAGUUGCUCAGAGCUCACCCGCCUUGCUACUGGCAACCUCUGUUUCACCCUCGCCGGCUCUCCAGAGUCCUUAUCUCACGUAUUUGCCGUUUGAAAGCACGGGGUCGGCAGAGGAACGGCUCUGUGCGGACACCAACAAUUUGGAUGUGCCCCUGAGCGAUUUUCAUAGCUCAGACUCUUGUGAACCUCUGGGUCCCGCCGGAUCUGAGGAGAGUAGCAAACAAUCCUACGCGAAGCUGACCAGUUCAUCGGAAUUAGUCACAGCUACAUUGACCACCUCGGUGUCCUCGGUCGGUCCGGCGAUGGUCUUGACCUCGGUCUCCAGUGCGGAAUUUCCUGCCGUCGCCACCACUACCUGUGCGUCUGUUCCACUCACGCCGCAUCCGUUUAUCCCAUUACCUGUGCCGCAUACCGGUCCGUUGGCUUUGCAUAAGUGCCCACGAAGCACUCUAUCUCCGUUUGUUCCUUUUAUUGUGGAAUUCUGUGUGACUUUAGUCGAACGUUAUGGUCUCAAUUGUGUCGGUCUUUAUCGCCUGUCCGGGAGCAAAGUUGCGCACGACUUCAUAUCGACCGAACUACGCAAGAAUUUGAACGAAAUUGAUGUGACUUCGGAUAAAUGGAAUGAUAUACACGCUAUCUGCGGUGUCCUCAAAACAUUCCUACGCAAUCUUCCGGAUUCCCUGUUCCCAAAAGUGAUGUACACGGAUUUCCUUAGUGCAUGCCGCCAACAACAACGAGAGAAACGGUUGCUAUCCAUUCAGCGUUUGUUGAGCAUCAUGGAAUGCUAUCCGGAUCAUCCGGAAUAUCGGGCGCAUCGGGCUACGUUGCGCUAUCUAGCCACUCAUUUAGCCAGGGUCAGUGCUCGGGAAGCGGUGAACAAAAUGACCGCCUACAAUCUAGCUCUCGUGUUCGCGCCCAAUCUGGUCCAACCGUGCGAGGAUAGUCCGGAGUUGUUGAUGAGCGACUCCAAGUAUAAGAUCAUGUUGGUGGAAACUGUGAUCAAAUAUCAUGCAUGGAUCUUCUCACCCGAUCUCGGCAUCGAAAGCGGUUGCAGUGUACCUACUGAUUCCACAGAGAAAUUGCCAUCCACCGGUGGCACAGGAACUUCGUCGGAAACUACGGAUUUGCAUGUACGAUCUGGAACGACAGACCCCAGCGCCUUGACCUCUACCACUACAGAUUCUGAAGACCCGACCAAUCAGCCCGGUAGAUUGGAAGGUGAUGUACAGCCUCUGGUCUCAGAAUUAUUAAAUGCAGCCGCCGAUCUUCCUCCACCACCUUCGGAUACGGAUCUGGAAACAGCCGAAGAACCUGGACCAUCAUCCGAUCGACCAUCCGAUGUGGCACUAGAUUCUCGGAGUCAACCGCAGUCGCGGCCACGAUUCACAUCUAUCCCAACACCGUCGUGGUCUGCGGCCGCGCUGCGGGCCUUGGCGGAUGGAUCUAAAUUCCGCCCGGAAUUACUUUUAACCCAGGAAACGGAAUCAGACGACCUGGAACGUGUUUCAGCAAUGGGGUCGCAUGUGGCCUCUACAUUAUCCGUGGCCACUGGGGCCAAUGUAGCCGUGAGCGCAGUUACUGCGGCCUCCACUGCCCGUUUCAUUACGCGUCCGCGUCCAUUCGCCUCUCAACUGGGUACCAAACUGGACAGCUUACGUCACCUUAGUCAGGGUUGUCUGGAUCAGUAUACCAGUGAGGCUCGACAACUGGGUGUUCGGGUCGCCGAGAGUCGACGACAACUGGAAACAACUGUGGCCCAACGAAUGUAUGCAGAGCAGCUUUUGAUGGAAGCGCGCGGACAACAGCAACAGCAGCAACAACAGUCUGAUCCAACCGAUCUGUCAGGCACCCCCCAUUGUGAAGGUAUUACAUCCACAUUACCAUCCUCCAGUCAAAUUGUCUCAUCUGUCGGGACUGUCCCUACACGUGUUUCCCCCGAUCAACAGACCACUCCGAAAGAGGCUUGUUUGAGCUCCAAAACACCCAAAAAAUCAGGUUGUCAAAGCCGGACACGUUCCCUGCAUCGUCGUUGUCUCAUAGUUCGACCUUUGAGUCUCCUUUGUUUGCUCGAUAUUGCCGCAAAUGCGUCCGUGAAGUAUGAAACAGUCUUGAUCUCUCGUCGGAACCAUGAUGGUCCCACUCCGUAUUUUCUACUCUCCGAUACAAGGCUGGAUGAUAUAGGGUCAAGCUUACGCUGCCUGAUUUCGGACUACAAAGCAGCCAACAAAGAACUGGAAGAAAUUCAUGAUUUGAUGUUUCUUAAACCAGACGAAUACCAUUCUGUUUGA